AUGGCCAAGCGGGAGCGCAGCACCUCCCCGCCCAAACAGACGGCACGACGCCGAAAGCGGGGAGGUCGGCGGCGGCGAAAGCGGCAGCGCCACGGCGUCACACCGCCGGCCGUGCCGGCUUCAUUUGCCUGCCAUAUUUGUACAAAAAAUCACUGGACUGUCGCGUGUCCGCGGCUGCGACAAUUCCCGCAGGAUUUUCCGCUACUGGAUAAUAAGAAGGGAUGCUGGAAGUGUGCCCAGCGGGGUCAUCCAUCCUCGCAGUGUCCGGUGAAGAAAUACAGGUGCGCUGACUGUGGUGGAUUGCACGACACUAGGGAUUGUGAAUUUGACCACAAAAGUGAGGAAUGGCAUGAAUUCUACGAUCCCAUUACAAAGCAUGUCUUUUAUGCACAUAGCGAGACUCAAGAAGUGCAGUGGACACCCCCACCGCACCGGUUGGAUGUAGUUUUAUGGUUUUGUUCAAAUUGCAAAAUCUUACUGCCAAAUUCGGUUCAGGAGUGCGUUAAGUGUCAUACGCCACGGCCCGAGUCGAAGGUGUCCCCCCCAUCCUCCUCAUCCUCUGACUCUUCUUCAUGCAGCAAUGAUGAGGAAAGCGAUGAUGAUGAUGAUGAUGAUGAUGAAUCGAGCAGUUCCUCAGGUGACGAGGAAUAUUAA